CUUUGUUAGAGUUGGUCUCUCUUCCAGUUUGCCAGUCUCAGGUUCUGCACCAAUUAGUAUUGAGUUUUUACACCAGGAAAACGCUACUACACAUCAACAAAAAUGGAGGCCAUCAAGAAGAAAAUGCUUAUGCUGAAGUUGGACAAGGAAAAUGCGCUGGAUCAGGCGGAACAGGCUGAAACAGACAGAAAAGCAGCUGAAGACAGAAGCAAGCAGCAUGAAGACGAGCUUCUACAAAUGCAAAAGAAGCUGAAAGCAACAGAAGAUGAGCUUGAUAAAUACUCCGAGGCCUUAAAGGAUGCUCAGGAGAAGCUUGAAGUUGCUGAUAAGAAAGCUGCUGAUGCAGAAGCAGAAGUGGCUUCCCUCAACAGGCGCAUCCAGCUCGUAGAGGAGGAGUUGGACCGCGCUCAAGAGAGGCUGGCAACAGCUCUGCAAAAACUGGAAGAAGCUGAGAAGGCUGCUGAUGAGAGCGAGAGAGGUAUGAAGGUCAUUGAGAACAGAGCUCUGAAAGAUGAAGAGAAGAUGGAGCUCCAGGAGAUUCAGCUAAAGGAAGCUAAACACAUCGCCGAGGAGGCUGACCGCAAAUACGAGGAGGUUGCUCGUAAACUGGUGAUUGUAGAAGGAGAGUUAGAACGUACAGAGGAGAGGGCAGAGCUGGCUGAGGCUAAAUGUGCUGAGCUGGAGGAUGAACUGAAGAAUGUCACCAAUAACCUAAAGUCCUUGGAGGCCCAGGCUGAGAAGUAUUCGCAAAAGGAGGACAAGUAUGAGGAAGAAAUUAAGAUCCUAACUGACAAACUGAAAGAGGCCGAGACACGAGCUGAGUUUGCUGAGAGAUCUGUGGCCAAGCUGGAGAAGACAAUUGAUGAUCUGGAAGAUGAACUUUAUGCACAAAAGCUCAAGUACAAAGCCAUCAGUGAGGAACUGGACCAUGCCCUUAAUGACAUGACCUCUAUCUAAAUGUUCAGAAUCUCCACCAACCUUCCAGGUUGUGACCUUUUCUUCUGCUGACCAUUACUCUCAGCUCUGCGUCUGUGAUCGCCUACCUGUAUUUACAGUAUUCCCACUAUGUCCUCUAAGUUUGCUCCUGUGCAAUUAGCCUCUUAUGGUUCAGUUGUCCAUGAAUAAUUGUUUGUGCUCAUAAAUGUUGUCUUGUUUUGCUCUUCAUUGUGCUUCUGUAUCAAUUCUGUGCCCUAUCCCUGUUUAAGGAAACGUCUCUGGGUUACGUCAUCUGUAUUCAUGAUUUAUUUUCUUAGUCUGAAGUUAUUAAUAUUUGUCUUGCAAUUUCGAUGGGAGUUCUGCAGUCUUCAGUCCCUAAUGAAUGCUUUCAGGAUUUUCUUGUCUCAGGAAUUCAUGGAAAAUUUCGUGAACAAAACCACAUCUGGAUAGAAAUAUCACCAACCUAUAUAUAUAAACAUAUAUAUAUACUUAUAUAUUUUCCUGAAUUGUGAAUUACAAAGUAUUAUGAUGUAAAGCCUCGGUGAAAGUAUGUCUCAUGUUCAUUUGUCUGUCAGCAAAAUAAUUUGAACACUUUUGGAAUUUGGUGGAGACGUGGAGCACAGGCAAAAAAAUAAAACCAUUUACAUUUUGUUGCAAA